UGAUAACAAAAAAGAUAGACACGGAAUGUGUAAAUAAAUAUAAUAUUUAUGUGUCAACCACUGUUGGUCAUAGAUGGGAUAUUAUUUUCUUCAUUUCUUAUCAAGGUUGUAAAUUAAUCGGAUAAUUCAAUAAUAUCUCGAUUUACUUGAUUCCGAUGUUAUGCUGUGUUAUUAGCAAUAACAAAUAGAAUGUCAAAUUUGUGUAGAGAUGAUUUCGAUUCGGGUCCUAAGCAUGUAUUUUCUAUUGAAGAUGGUCUAUGGCUAGGAAACUUAACAGCUGCCAUUGAUUUAACAUUUUUACGAAGCAACGGAAUAAGUUAUAUAAUAACAGUGGAUUCUUGUCCACUGCCAGAAAUUAUAUUAGAUUUAAGAGAUAUUAAUGUUAAAUAUAUACAAGUUACCGAUAUGGACGGAGAAGAUCUUUUAAGCCACUUUGAUAGCGCAUAUGAGUUCAUAAAAAUAGGCCAAGAAAAAAGUUCUGUUCUGGUUCAUUGCUAUUAUGGAAUAUCCAGAAGUGCAUCAAUUAUUACAGCUUAUAUUAUGAAAAAGUAUAAAAUUAGUUUUGAUGAUGCUUUUCAAAGAGUUAAAGUUAAAAAUGCUGCUGCAUUACCGAACAUUGGUUUUCAAGCACAACUCAAUUUGUAUGAAACUUUAGGAUGGAAAAUUGACAAAAACAAUAUGCAAUUUAAACUGUUCAGACUGAAAAUAGCUGCUAGAAAAGUAAAAAAAGUUAAAAUUUUACCUCAAGACUGUAUUGAUGUAAUUAAGGGAGACCCAUCUUUAAUAUGUGCUAGACCCGAUCCUAAAGUUUAUCGAUGCCGUAAAUGCCGAAGGAUUUUAGCUCUACAAUCAAAUUUAUUACCACAUUAUAUCAAUGAAAAAUUGUCAUGGAAAGAUUCAAAAUUGUCUUCAGAUUAUUCAGGCUUUCAACUAUGUUCAGACACUAUCUUUGUUGAACCAAUGACUUGGAUGUCAGUAAGUCAAUCUGAAAGUGGAAAAAUUAACUGUCCAAAAUGUCAAUCUAAACUUGGUUCAUAUAGUUGGACAAUGGGAUGUCAAUGUCAAUGUGGUGCCAAAGUAUCUCCAGCAUUUUAUUUUGUGCCAUCUAAAAUAGAUUAUAGUGGAUUUUUGCAAAAUGUUCAGGCAACAGUUUAAAAAUCUAUAAUCAUGACAAUGAUAUUCUAAAUAAAUAUCAAGUGUUAUUUCCUUAUUAAUAGAUAUUAAAUAAUGUUAAAUUAUUGAUACCUCAGACAAUAAACCCAAUAUACACAUAACCAAAAACCCUUUAUUAAUAAUUAUAAUCCAUAAAAACCAAAAUUAGGCAAUUAGUGCAAUAUUUAAAGCACUUCUUGUUUAUUUUGAAUAUUUAUAAACUUAAUAAUACUAUACUAAUUAAUAAUUAUUACCUUAUUAUAACUACUUAGUUUGGAGACAUAUAAAUGUGAAAAUACUUUAGAUUAGUUAGAUUUUAUCGAAGAGUCUGUAUGAAAUACUGCCAAAAUAUUCAGCCAGUUAUUUUAAUUAACCUCCAAGUGGUCAUGGUAGCGGUGUAAACACCGUAACUUUAAAACUUAUAUCUUUAAUAUAAGCAAUUAUUAGCCAAACGAGUCCCACAAUACAAUAUAUAUUUAUAAGUACCAGCAAUAUUUAUCAAUUUAAAUUUAAUAGCUAAGUAUACUUGAAAUAUCAGUAUAAUAAAUAAAAUGUUUUAAUGAAUUUAUUCGUUUAAUAUAUCUUUAUAUGUUUUCCAAUUUUUAUAAUGUGUAAUGAAAAAUAAAGAACUUGAAACCAGAACUGGAAAUAAUGUAUUUCAAUUGUGUAUUCCUAGCGGGAUUGGUUCUUGGAGGUUAAAAUAUAGUUUAAUAUAAUAUUUAAUAUUUUGUGUUUAGUAUAAAUACAUAUUUUGUUUUGUUAAUUGUUUAUAAUAAAAAUACUUAUAAAAUUUA